GUCUUAAAUGGUAUGAAUUGAAGAUAUUAAAUAGUAGUACAUAUGAUAGCAUGUAAAGCAGCUGUUUGUGAGGAGGCCGGUGAAGAUUUGGUAGUAAAAGAAGUCACGGUUGAUCCUCCUGAAGUAGGGGAGGUUAGGGUUAAGAUAUUCUAUACAGGAGUUUGUCAUACUGAUGAGUAUUUCAGGUCUGGGAUGGAUGACCUAAAGAUUUUUCCAACAAUCUAUGGCCAUGAAGGUGCGGGUAUUGUAGAGAGUAUAGGGGAAGGAGUCACUUCAGUCGAAAUUGGAGAUCAUGUCAUUCCUUCCUACUGCCCUCAAUGCAGAGAAUGUGAGCUUUGAAAAUCUCCUAAAACAAAUUUUUGAGAGAUAAAUUGGAUAUCCACAUGGACAGGAACAAUGCCAGAUGGGACAACUAGAUUCAAAGACAAAGAUGGAAAUAAAUUGUUUCAUUUCAUGAGCACCAGUACUUUCUGUCAAUACACAGUAGUCUCAGAAAUCCACAUAGUGAAGAUCACCGAGGAAGCUCCUCUUGACAAAGUAUGCCUGCUCGGCUGAGCAAUAACCACAGGCUAUGGGGCCGUCCUUAAUACUCUUAAGGUUGAAGAAGGAUCUUCAGUCGCAGUUGUCGGCCUUGGAGGCGUCGGCCUGGCCGCCAUCAUGGGAGCAGCCAAUGUCAAAGCGAGUCAAAUCAUCGCUGUUGAUAUUAAUCCGGAUAAGUUUGAAAAAGCUUUAGCCUUUGGAGCGACAGAUACUGUUAAUCCAUUAGAUUAUGAUGGAAAGGAGUUAAAGGAUAUCAUUUCGGAAAUGACCGAUGGAAUUGGAGUAGAUUAUUCGCUUGAAUGAGUUGGAGAGGCUAAACUUAUGAGGCAAGCUUUCCUUGCUACAAAACCCAAUGGAGGAUUUAGCUGUGCUAUUGGAGCAACACCAGGAGAACAAGAUCUUGAACUCGCCUCCGAUGAUAUCCAAGGAAGACAAAUAACCGGAACGUACUUUGGUGGCACCAAAAGCAGAGACCAACUACCUGGCCUAGUCGACGAGUACCUCUCAGGCCACAUAAAAAUAGAUGAGUUCAUUACCCACACCUUCACUCUUGAAGAGAUCAAUGAAGCUUUUAACGCCAUGAAGGAAGGAAAAUGCAUCAAAGCAGUUGUCAAAAUGGUCGAUGAUGAGUAGCUAAUAUCCAUUGCCCAAUU